UCGGAUUCUCGGCGUCGCUGCUCCUUUGCACUGAGACCUCCUAGGAUUGUUCGCUUGAUGGUAUAGCUCGUACAGACACUGCAGUUGUCAUUGAUCCGCUGCCAGAGCCACGACUGAAGGAAUAGCUAAGCCAAGAUGAUGUGUGAGGUGAUGCCCACCAUCAGUGAGGACACUGCCCUGAGCCAGCGCGGCUCCCAGAGCAGUGCAUCCGACCCGGACUCUCACUUUGAGCAGCUGAUGGUCAACAUGCUGGACGAGAGGGACCGGCUGCUGGACACUCUGAGAGAGACACAGGAGAGUCUGGGACUUGCUCAGCAGCACCUGCAGGACGUCAUGUACGACAGGGACUCCCUACAGCGCCAGCUCAGCUCGGCCCUGCCACAGAAGACUCUGGAGGUUUGCUGUGGAGACUAA